CAAGGAUGGUUAGUUUUGACCGUGCUUAUUUGUCCCAUAAAUUAUCGGUCCUAAUUGGCAGUUAUUUGGGCUUUUAUAUUUGCCGACCUCUCGUUUUUGUACCGUGGUCACUAAAUGCAGGGCUUCUGGCCUGGGAGGGCCCAUGUAUUCUUUCAAUUGGUUGGGGAGCUGGGACAGUGUCUCUGGCAAUAACGAGAAUAGGAGGGAAUGUUGACCAGGGAGCACCGCUGCGGCCGUUCAGAGGAGCAGGAACAGGAGCCCGGGCUGAGUCUGAAAAAAGCCGGAUCCAGAAGGUGGCUCCGGAACGGCUGGGAUUGGAAGAUGGAGGAGCCGGAGGAACCGGCGGACAGUGGGCAGUCGCUGCCUCCAGUGUACAUCUACAGUCCCGAGUAUGUCAGCAUGUGCGACUCCCUGGCCAAAGUCCCCAAACGGGCCAGUAUGGUACAUUCUUUGAUUGAAGCAUAUGCACUGCAUAAGCAAAUGAGGAUAGUUAAGCCCAAAGUAGCCUCCAUGGAGGAGAUGGCCACCUUCCACACUGAUGCCUAUCUGCAGCAUCUCCAGAAGGUCAGCCAAGAAGGAGAUGACGAUCAUCCAGACUCCGUAGAAUACGGGCUAGGUUAUGACUGUCCAGCCACUGAAGGGAUAUUUGACUACGCAGCAGCUGUAGGAGGGGCUACAAUCACAGCUGCCCAAUGCCUGAUUGAUGGAAUGUGCAAAGUAGCAAUUAACUGGUCCGGAGGGUGGCAUCAUGCAAAGAACCACACUGGCCUUUCAGCUUCUCAAAUAGGCCAAGGAAGUUCUUUCCUGCCUCAGAGCUUUUGCAAUGCUGCUCUCUCUGCCUGGAAGACUUCUCCAUCUCAGUAUGGAGAUGAAGCAUCUGGUUUUUGUUAUCUCAAUGAUGCUGUCCUGGGAAUAUUACGAUUGCGACGGAAAUUUGACCGUAUUCUCUAUGUGGAUUUGGAUCUGCACCAUGGAGAUGGUGUAGAAGAUGCCUUCAGUUUCACCUCUAAAGUCAUGACAGUGUCCCUACACAAAUUCUCCCCAGGAUUUUUCCCAGGAACAGGUGACGUGUCUGAUGUUGGCUUAGGAAAGGGACGGUACUACAGUGUAAAUGUGCCCAUUCAGGAUGGCAUACAGGAUGAGAAGUAUUACCACAUCUGUGAAAGUGUACUAAAGGAGGUAUACAUAGCCUUUAAUCCUAAAGCAGUGGUCUUACAGCUGGGAGCUGAUACAAUUGCUGGGGAUCCCAUGUGCUCCUUUAACAUGACUCCAGUGGGAAUUGGCAAAUGUCUUAAGUACAUCCUUCAGUGGCAAUUGGCAACACUCAUUUUGGGAGGAGGAGGCUAUAACCUUGCCAACACGGCUCGAUGCUGGACAUACUUGACCGGGGUCAUCCUAGGGAAAACACUAUCCUCUGAGAUCCCAGAUCAUGAGUUUUUCACAGCAUAUGGUCCUGAUUAUGUGUUGGAAAUCACGCCAAGCUGCCGGCCAGACCGCAAUGAGCCCCACCGAGUCCAGCAAAUCCUCAACUACAUCAAAGGGAAUCUGAAGCAUGUGGUCUAGUUGACAAAAAGAGAUCAGGUUUCCAGAGCUGAGGAACAGUGCCUGUAAUGAAGACAGCGUGUUUAUGCGAGCAGUGUGUGGAAUUUGUGACUGCAGGGGAAAUUUGGAAGAAAUUACUUCCUGAAAAUUUCCAAGGGGCACCAUGUGGCAACUGGCCUCCUGGGGUGAGGCAGGCAAGCACCCCAGAGGCCUCAACUAGGCCUAGGGGAAGAGAGAGAUUUCCAGCAUUUAAAGUGUUUAUUUUUUAAAAACACACAAAUGCCAUUUUUAAUCUUUGAAAAUUAUUUUUAAGCGAGUGGGGAGGGAGUAUUUUUAUUUUCUUAAAGGAGACAUCAGAGGCUGGAGGAAAGUGUGGAGCUUGGGUCACAGGUUUGUGGGGUGGGGAGAACCAAGA